GAGAAAUCGUUCGAAGUGAGUAUGGCCUCUUCGGUAAAUUACAGUGAAGAGCAACUAAACUACUUCAGGAUUUGUUACGUUACCACUGGCAUUUUGACCGAAGGACUGCGAGAAAUCUUCAAACAAGAAUGGGAUACUCGCUACAAGGCCACGUUGAGAGAAUGGAAAGAUGAUCCCAAAAAUGGAUUGGACUUCUGGAAUGGCGAAUCGUUACGGAACCAAAAGAAGCAUGCACGUCUAUUAAAAACCAUGACUAAAGGCAAUAGAGCUGAGUGGGAUUGUACCAUGCUGUUUUAUGCCAUUCUUUUCUCCGAUUGUAUCCAUAGUCUCAGUACAGUAGUUAAGUCAAAUGUGGAUAACCUUAGGCUGUUUCGGAAUGAAGAAUUCGCUCAUAUCGCACGAGGUCACCUCUCAGACGUAGAGUUUCAAAACGCCAUUAGCAAAGUGGAAAAUGCAUUUUUAGCGCUCGGUCUUUCCACUGCGGAAAUUCAAGACGUAAAAACUCAAACAUGUUUUCCCACAAAGCAGCUGAGACAUGUUUUGAAGAAGGUGGACGACCUCAAGAAGGAAGUUCAGGAGAAUAAGAGAGAAAUUCGGGAGAAAGACAAAAAUCUUCAAGAAAAAGAAAAAGAACUUCGGGAAAAAGAGAAAGAAAGAAAGACCCUUGAAGAACAGUUAAACAGCGAUGCUUCUUCAUUUUGCAUUCUUCCCCCUAAGCCUUCUCAUGAAGUCGCACCUCGACAUUCUCAUGUAUCUGAGAUUAUACUAAAGCUAAAAGAGCUAAAAAGGUCCACGGAAUUAAGUUACUUGUUCAUAUCUGGAAAUCCUGGAAGUGGUAAGUCGCAGAUGGCCUCACUCGUAGCCAAGCGUUUCCUUGACGAGGUCAAGGAAAGUACAUCUACUGCAUCGUUCGUAAUGACACUGGAUGCUGAAAACUCUAAAACACUUUUGGAAUCGUAUGCCACUUUCGCUCGACAUCUGAAGUGCCCAGAAUACGCUGUUACCAACACCUUUAACGCCAAAGAUUUGAGUACAGAUGAGAAGAUCAGAGGUUUAAAGACAUUGAUCAGCACGAAAAUCGAGCUGUACUCAUCGUGGCUACUGAUAGUUGAUAACGUCACCAACUUGUCUCAUCUGGAUGGUAAUUUACCUGAUCCAGGAAAUGGGCAGUGCGCAAAGGGCCAGUUGCUGAUAACAACACAGGACACCGCGUCUAUCCCCUCGUCAGGCUCAUUCAUUCAACAUAUCCCUGUCAGCAAAGGUAUGGAGCCUCAUGAAGCCGGCUCUCUGUUGGAAAUGCUUUCUGGUUUUAAUGACCCAGAAAUGGAAAAAGAAGUUGCUCGGGUAUUAGACUACCAACCACUUGCCCUGGCAAGCGCUGCCACCUAUGUGAGAGAAGUAAGAAACAACAAAUUAACUCCGGAUUUUGGCUGGGAUGACUUUCUAAAAAAAUUGGAACAAGGUAAGAGAAGUACAACAGAAGCCAUGCUCACUGGAAGUAACCCAAGUUACAAAAACUCCAUGACUGUAGCUACAACACUUGCUGUAAAGAAGGCGAUCGCAACGGAUAAAGUUUUAGAGCACACUUUUCAUUUGCUUUCUGUCUGUGCACCACACCCUUUGAGUCUAGACAUUGUUGUAAAUUAUCUUAAGAAAGUGAAAGAAGAGCGUAGAGAUCCUGAGAUACUUGCUACGAGAAUUUGCAAAUGUUCUUUGCUGUUAUUUGAAGAAGAUGACAGUGGCGUCUACAUUCGAGUGCAUCAGAUUGUUCAUGACGUCAUCAAUACUGUUAUGAAAACCUUGGCCAAAAACAAAGAGCUUGAAGCCAUUGAUGGGGCCAUUCUGUCGUUCUGCCAAGUUAUAGGUCAUAUCCUGGUUGAGGAUGACUCGCAUACUCUUAUCAGAAGCAAGAAGAUUGUUCCUCACUUAGUCACAUUGAGUGAGAUAAUCGAUGCUCUAUUUUCUGAAGAGGGUAUAUCCGACGCUAUCAAAGCCGGAUCAUCCACUCCCUAUGACUAUCGAAACUAUUUCAAAACCCUUGGUAAAACCUGCAAGGAACACUGUGAAUUCCGAUCAGCAUUAAUGUACUUCAACACAAUGUUACGAUUAACUCAGCUCGGACCUGAACAUGUCGAUGUGGCAGUUUGUUACAAUAAUCUUGGUACUUUGCAUCAUGAUCUUGGUGACCUGCAACAGGCAAAAGAAUGUCAUGAUCGUGCACUGGCCAUUCGUCUGAAAAGGCUCGGACCUGAACAUGUCGAUGUGGCAAGCAGUUACAAUAAUCUUGGUACUUUGCAUCAUGAUCUUGGUGACCUGCAACAGGCAAAAGAAUGUCAUGAUCGUGCACUGGCCAUUCGUCUGAAAAGGCUCGGACCUGAACAUGUCGAUGUGGCAAGCAGUUACAAUAAUCUUGGUACUUUGCAUCAUGAUCUUGGUGACCUGCAACAGGCAAAAGAAUGUCAUGAUCGUGCACUGGCCAUUCGUCUGAAAAGGCUCGGACCUGAACAUGUCGAUGUGGCAAGCAGUUACAAUAAUCUUGGUACUUUGCAUCAUGAUCUUGGUGACCUGCAACAGGCAAAAGAAUGUCAUGAUCGUGCACUGGCCAUUCGUCUGAAAAGGCUCGGACCUGAACAUGUCGAUGUGGCAAGCAGUUACAAUAAUCUUGGUUCUAUAUACCGUGUCCUUGGUGACCUGCAACAGGCAAAAGAAUGUCAUGAUCGUGCACUGGCCAUUCGUCUGAAAAGGCUCGGACCUGAACAUGUCGAUGUGGCAAGCAGUUACAAUAAUCUUGGUACUUUGCAUCAUGAUCUUGGUGACCUGCAACAGGCAAAAGAAUGUCAUGAUCGUGCACUGGCCAUUCGUCUGAAAAGGCUCGGACCUGAACAUGUCGAUGUGGCAAGCAGUUACAAUAAUCUUGGUACUUUGCAUCAUGAUCUUGGUGACCUGCAACAGGCAAAAGAAUGUCAUGAUCGUGCACUGGCCAUUCGUCUGAAAAGGCUCGGACCUGAACAUGUCGAUGUGGCAAGCAGUUACAAUAAUCUUGGUACUUUGCAUCAUGAUCUUGGUGACCUGCAACAGGCAAAAGAAUGUCAUGAUCGUGCACUGGCCAUUCGUCUGAAAAGGCUCGGACCUGAACAUGUCGAUGUGGCAAGAAGUUACAAUAAUCUUGGUACUUUGCAUCAUGAUCUUGGUGACCUGCAACAGGCAAAAGAAUGUCAUGAUCGUGCACUGGCCAUUCGUCUGAAAAGGCUCGGACCUGAACAUAUCGAUGUGGCAAGCAGUUACAAUAAUCUUAGUACCCUGCAUCAUGCUCUUGGUGACCUGCAACAGGCAAACGAAUGUCAUGAUCGUGCACUGGCCAUUCGUCUGAAAAGGCUCGGACCUGAACAUAUUGAUGUGAGAGCCAUGCAGAAUAACUUGAUGAUAGUUCAACGGGAAAGGGAGAUUAGAAGUACGUCCACCACAUCUCACAGAGUCUGUUGCAUGAUAUUCUGAGUUAACUAUGAAUUUUGAAUAUAAAUAUAAAGUGUUGAAAAUGAUACUUCUAAGUCAUAACAUCAAUUUUUCCGAGAAAACUUGAUUUGUUGGAGAAUUAGAUACCCUGGAAAAAGGAGAAUUCCACAAGUGCCAAAACUAAGAGGAAGUGCUUCAAACUGUUUUACCUCAUCCGUUUCGUCAGAUAUCUUAUAUUUCGUUAGGACAGUUAUUAAAUUUUGCACAAUGAAUGAAAGUAGAAAAAGUCGAAAUAGUUUGUAAACCCUUUUGUGUAUAUCUUCAUUUAAAACACUUGUCCCCUUCUCAGUUAUUUUGUAAUAUACUAAGGCAAGUAUUGAAGGUUUAAUUGAUCCAAAUUUUUCUGAAAGAGGAGAG